AUGGCAUCCCUCGAUUCCCAAGAGUUCAUCACAGAGCCCCUCACGGUUCCCGAAGACGAAUUUGUCGUCUUUGGCACUGUUUAUGCUUAUCCCGAGCAUGCCGAUGCCCUGGAAGCCGUCUACGUGGAGACCACCCGGCUGGCACAAUCCGAGCCCGGCACAAUCUAUUACUGCAUCUGCAGAGAUCAAGAUGAUCCGACCAUUUUCCAUUUCUUCGAGCGCUAUGCGGGACGGCAGGCUUUUGAUGAUCAUAAUGCCCAGCCUAUUAUUGAGAAGCUCAUGGAGGACAAGUAUAUGAGGGGUGUGAAGGCGAAGUUUAUGAAGGCGCUUUGA